CUUAGCUUUCCUAGUUGCUAACGAGAGGACGAGGGAGCUGUCGGUUCUUCGCCAAGCAGAAGUCAAGUGCUAGUGUGUGGAAAAUGAGUGCAGUUCAAACGCUUAGAGCGUUGGUGAAUCAGCGACUAACUGCGGCCGUUGAAGAAAUAUCCGCAGCGUUCGAGAGCACGAUAGCAGGGUACGAGGAGGAACUUACUCGAACAAAAGAAGAGAACCGGAGACAACGUGAAAUACUAGACGCCGUUGUCAAACAGCCUCAAGUUGUGUUACGCAGAGCAGAUGCCAGUAAAGAAUAUCUUCAGCACAUUAAAGAAGAGGAGGAGAGGCCAGAACCCCCCCACAAUAAGGAGGAAGAGGAGGAUUACAGAAUCAGUCAGGAGGGAGAGCAUCUUGAAGGACUGGCGGAGUUCCCAGUGCUUGGUGUCCCUGUGAAGAUGGAAGAUGAGGACAAAGGUGAACAUGAGGAGGAGAUAGAGGUGGAGCACAUGAAAAUAGAAGCUGAUGGAGACCACUGUGGAGGACCACAAGCAGACAACCUCUCAGCUUUACUAUCAGAUAGUGACGACCCGACGUCACACUCUCCCGACACUGAUGAUGAAGACUCUCAAGCUGAUCAGACAUGUCACACUGACAACACACGCUUGAAAUGCGCUCAGUGUGAUCAGACGUUUGAGAACAAGAGAGCACACACUGGAGAUGAACCAUACUUCUGCUCGAUGUGCGAUAAAAGAAACUUUGAGAAGGUACAAUUGACAGCACACACAAGCAUACACAAUAGGGAAAAACCAUAUGCCUGUUCAGUGUGUGGUACAGGUUUUGUACAUAAAAGUACAUUAAAAACACACAUGCGAAUACACACUGGAGAAAAACCAUAUUCAUGUUCAAUCUGCAGCAAAAGUUUUUGUAGCCAAUCAAACUGUGCAAGUCACAUGAGAAUACACACUGGUGAGAAACCAUAUGCCUGUUCAGUUUGUGGUAGAAGUUUUGCACGAAAUGAUCAUUUAAAAGCACACAUGCUAUUACACAGUGGUGAGAAACCAUAUGCCUGUUCAGUGUGUGGUAAAGGUUUUACACACAAAAGUCAUUUAAAAACACACAUGCGCAUACACACUGGAGAAAAACCAUAUUCAUGUUCAAUCUGCAACAAAAGCUUCCGUUACAAGUCAAGCCAUGCAAACCAUAUGCAAUUACACAGCGGUGAGAAACCACAUAACUGUUCAGUGUGUGGUGCAGGUUUUGCAUUCAUUCAUUCAUUAAAAGUACACAUGACUCAACACACUGGUGAGAAACCAUAUGCCUGUUCAGUGUGUGGUAAAGGUUUUACACAGAAAAGUCAUUUAAAAACACACAUGCGAAUACACACUGGAGAAAAACCAUAUUCGUGUUCAAUCUGCAACAAAAGCUUCCGUUACAAGUCAAGCCAUGAAACCCAUAUGCAAUUACACAGCGGUGAGAAACCACAUGCCUGUUCAGUGUGUGGUAAAGGUUUUGCACACAAAAGUCAUUUAAAAACACACAUGCGAAAACACACUGGAGAAAAACCAUAUUCAUGUUCAAUCUGCAACAAAAGCUUCCCUUACAGGUCAAGCCAUGCAAAACAUAUGCAAUUACACAGCGGUGAGAAACCACAUAUCUGUUCAGUGUGUGGUAAAGGUUUUGCAUUCAUUCAUUCAUUAAAAGUACACAUGACUCAACACACUGGUGAGAAACCAUUUUCCUGCUCAGUGUGUGGUACAAGCUGUUCCACCAAAUCUCAUUUGAAAAUUCACUUGCGAAUACACACUGGAGAAAAAACGUAUGCAUGUUCAAUCUGCAACAAAAGCUUUCGUGACGCAUCGAGCCGUACAAAACACAUGAAAAGCCACACUGGAGAGAAACCAUAUGCUUGUUCAGUUUGUGGUAGAUGUUUUGCACUAAAUGGUCAUUUAAAAGCACACGAGAGAAAAAACAAAUGUUCAGUCUGCAACAAAAGCUUUUCCGGACAAGGAGCAGUUGUAGAACACAUGAGAAAUCACUGAUGAGAAAGUGUUGUGUUGCUGAUUCUGAAUUGUUAAUGCAAUAAAGAUGUUUUUCUUUUAAA